GUGCCUGUGCCUGUGCCUGUGCCUGUGUUCGCCUGCCUACCCUGUCUGCCUGCCUGCCUGCCUGCCUGUCUGUUGUCUCUCCCCGGUUGCCUACCAGCUCUUAGGAGAGGGAUUGUUGUAUAUGUGAGUGACGAUGCCUGCGUUCAUGCGCGCUCUCGUUGAUGAGGAUGGAGGCAUGGCAUUGUAUUGAUGGCGUGCGUGGCGUGGCAGAUGAUAAUCGCAGCCAGCAUUGAUGGCUGCUCGCUGCCAGCUGACGGACUGACUGCCUGGGGCGGAGUCGUGUGUGUGUGUGUGUGUGUGUGUUGUGUGUUUCCCUUCCUUUUCAUCCGUUUCCUGGUGCCAGUGCGCACCUUCCUGGCGCCCAUCGGAUCGGUGAGGGCGGCGCGGGACGGCGGCUUCCACCGCACUCGCGUGCUUCUCAUCCGUAUGUCUGUGUUGUGUUGUGUUGUAUGUCUGCGUUGCUCCAUCGGCCACUCACAAAGACCCGAUCUUUUUGUGGCGCCUCGUGGGUGGUUGGCUGGAGAUCAUUCAGUGCCUUCUGUCGAUAUAUCUGGUGAGACAGCUCUCCCUUCGUAUGAUUGAUUGAUGGCUGGCUGGCUGGCUGGUUUUUCUAUACGCCCCUCUGUGUGUGUCUCUCUGAUGUCCGUCUGAGAUUGACCUCUCGCUCUCUCCCUCUCUCUCCUCUCUAUCUGCCUGUCUUUCUGGCUGCCUGUCUGUCUGUCUAUGUAUGUAUACGUGGGUGGACGGAUGCGACUGCGGAGAGACAUCGUGUGGGCGAGGGGGUGGCCGUCAAGGGGCGCUUUCACAUCCUUGCCCCUCCCCUGCCCAGCCAGCCAAAUGAAUUCGUAAGUGAGAUCUGCUACCACAGAGCGAGAGAGAGAUAAACACAAGGGGGCUGCCUCGACGGACACACGCACCACUGCUAGCCUUCCCAUCUCCGUGUGGGCUUUUCUGCAAACAAUCAACACGCUGAGUUUAGAGAGAGAAAAUGGGUCGUCUAGCGCUGUGUCGGUCGGUCGUUGUCAAUGUCGGUGUCGAUGUCGAUGAAUGCCCCUCUGCUUGCAUUCCAUCCUCCCUCUCUGUCUCUCUCUCGCAGCGCAUGCAGACAGCACAGCAUGCGCGCCGGCGAGCUUGGCCAAACAGGAAGGGCUUGAGGCAGCUGCUGGUGCGCCCGAAGGAAGAGAGUCGUAUUUCGUGUCCCGUGCGUUGGUUGGUACCUGAUGAGUUGUGUCUUGGGUUUUGGUGAUGGGUGGGCUGCAUGGAUGGGUGGACGGGGGAGGGGGGAGGGGCAUCACAUUAUAUGAUCAUACCGACUCUUUUUCGCUCUGGUAUGCCGGCCCUUCAUCUUUCUAACUGACUGACUGGACCACCUCAAUAGGUGGCCUCUCUGCCUGCCUGUCGUGGUGUAACUAAACCUGUGUCGCACUCUGCUUGGUACACACACACGCUCAUGUGUUAUCGCACCAGCCUGUUUAUUGGCUGCCAGGGCAUCGCGGUCGCAUGGCUGGUUGACUAUUGAACGUUGAGCUUUCUUGUAGGGUCUUUAAGGCUGCCGUGCUGCUGCACCGCCCUAUCGGGGGACCGAGGGAGGGAGCCACAGCCAUCCAUCGUGUUUGUUGCCUUCACACUUGCACGCACAUGCACACACAAGUGAAAAGGGGGGGCCUUGCUUUUUGCGGACCCUUGUUGUGGCCACUGACCGUGUCACUCACCAUGUCUCUCGCCCGCGUCUGGUGUCGCUACCGUUAUUCCCUUUUGCGUUUCUUCGGAUUGAGGAAAUGGCCAUACCAUUGAGAUGGUCGCCGCUUCGUCAUUCACCCAUCCACUGAGUGUGUGUGUUGUGUGUGUGAGAGAGAGAGAGUGUGCGUGGGUGUCUUUAAGUGACGCGGAAGUUGUUUGACGUGUCAACGAGUGAGCGAGCUGCCUCGCCAUGUUGUCGACCUUUAUCCAUCCAUGCGUGAGCUCCUGUCUGAUGGGUGGGUGGGUGAGUUGGUGGGUUGGUUGGUGGGGGCACUGACAUGCACACGUACGUACGCACUCUCUCUCACGCAGUCCCUAACACGACUGGCGCACAACCGACCGAUGCGUGUGUGUGGGCCCCUUGCUGCCUUGGAUCGGGGCGUAUCUGUCAAGGCACAUGGAGGGAUCUUGUGUGUGGGAUGACGGCAUCCCGAAACCAUGUGGUGUGAUGUGAUGUGAUGGAAUGAUUGCACGGAGGCCUGCCCACUUACUACGCCAUUGGCUGGCCGACUGGUGUCUCGGGUGAACUGCGUGGCUGGCUACUGUCUGUCUGUCUGUGUGGAUGCCCUGGCCAUGCAUACACACGAACAACAUACAUACAUACAUGCAUACAUACAUCCGAACAAACUACUUGCUAUAUCGCUAGAUUUGUGGUACCACCUACCUGUGCCUGCGACGUGAUCGAUGGUCCAUGCAGCACACGCACACGCAUCCUCACGCCUAUCGCUCCCUGAGUGAGCACUUGUCUCCGCAGUCGUCAAGUCCAUUCCAUUGCAUCCCAUGCAUCAGUCAUUCCUUCAGGUGAAUGACUGACAACCAUAUUACUAUCCGUACAGACAUGCACAAAACCACCCAGCCCCCUUUUUAGUGCACCGUCCCGGCCGGGCCGGCAUUCUGUGUGCAUCCUUGCUGUGUGUCUCGACGUGUCCUCUCUCCCGUAUGUGUGGACUGACUGACUGACUGCUUGCUUCAUGGUUUGUUGUUGCGCCCACUCGCUGUGCAUGGUCGCCCUACCGGGCAAGUGGGGGACAGGGGAGUGAGUCUUGUGUGGUGCUGGGUCACUUGGUUGGUUGGUUGGUCAGUUAGUCGGUCCGGCGACUGAACGCACACACGAUGACUUUAUCUUGUCAUUUGCCGCCGUGUUAAUGCGAAUCUUAUGGAAAGGGCAAGAAAGUACAAAUGGGAUAGUACUGAAAGCCCCAGCAACGAUCGGGCCCCAAGGACUCAUUCAUCGAGAAGAUGGCGAUGGAUUGUGAGCGUGACGGCUCGCUUGACGCCCUUGAACAGCCGGCAGUGCCGUUGGAUUGUAAUGAGACCUUCAAGGCGACAAAUGAUGACCUCUCGGUCAGCCCCCGCUGACACGAGGCAGAGAUCAUCACUGAUUCAAGCUGUGUGUCUUCUGCAGGGACUUCAUGCACCCGCAGAAGCCCACGACAUCGCACAAGUCCAGAGUGACGUCGUGCACCCGGCCGAGUCUGAAGCAGCACCAGUGGAAGAACUUCAGCAAAUCCAGAGGCAGCUGAGGGAACUGGAGUCAGCUGGUAAGCUCACUCUAGCUCACUCAUGGAGACUGGCAAGCAAGACCGUCCACGACUCAAGCCCGUGGCAUCCCUUGCUGCAUGUUUGUGGUGUGGGGCUUUGUCACUCAGGUCAGUACGACCGUGCGGCAGCCUUGCGCGUGCAUCACGACCGGGUGCGGCAGGAAGAGGAGGAGCGACAGCAGCGGCUGGUUGUCGAGGCACAGUCGGAGGAGCUCCAGAUGGUGGCCAACACACCCAUCUCCACUCGUUCGUGGACUUGAUCCAUUUCUGCGGCCUUCGCUUUGUUCAGGUCGAAGACUGGCAGAGACAGCAGUUUCUCCAAUUCAGGUGGGCGCACCACAUGCAGCAACGGCGGUCUAUGCCUUUGCAUGGCUGCCUUUUGUUCCUCCCUGUGUGAUGCAGCAAUGCAUGGGACAAGUACAUGGCCGAUUACGAAGCGACAGCAUAUGCGUCGCUCGAAAGACUGCAGGUCAGCUACAUUCACACGCAGAAGAAGCGGUCGUGUACCAGCCAGCCGUGGGUGCGUACACGCGCGUGAGGUGCAGGAGCAGCAUACCAACGAGGUGGCGGAGUACCAUAGAAGUCUCGUGUCAUAUUUCCAGGCGUAAGAUGCCUUAUUCCCAUCGCCGGCCCAGAAUGGACACCGAGUUGUGUGUCUGUGUCUCUUCUUGAAAAAGGCGGAAAGCGAAAUCCUCAGUUUCCCUUCUGGAACUGCGCAAGAAGCAGGCUGCGCUUGGUAAGCCUGUUGCUGUGACGCUGUUUCGUAGAUGGGCCAUAUGUUUUCCUUUGCGGCUUGACUGCAGCUCGUCUGGGUGCUUACGGUGAGGCUCACAUCGUCCAGGUGCAGGCAGAUCAUCUGGUGAGCGUCUCCUUCCCUCGAACGCAAAUCGGAUAAGCUGGUCUUGAUGGCAUCCUCACAGGAGCGGGAAGAGCGGCGGCAACAUGAAGCCGCCACGUCAAACCUGAUAGCAAAAAAGGUAGGUGAGGGGAGUCAGGUUACGGUAAGAAGGGCGAUCUAAUCCCACUUUGCCUUUUGAUGGUGGCCUCAGGAGGACAAACUUCGGCAGAGCCAGCACCUUGAGCUGCAGGCGUUGCUGAGACGGAUACAGAGAGAUCGGGCGGAGCAGAUAAAGAAGAGGCAGAUCGACUCAGCAAGACUGAUUCAAAGAAACAAGAAUCUCAAGCAGGAUCUGUAAGUUGUUGCUGGGAAUCAGUCUUGCAGAUCUGUUUCCUCAUAAGUGUCUCUGUGUGUGUGUGUGUGUGUGUGUGCAGACUGAAGAGACAGGUGGGCAAAAUGGCAAAGAGCCCACACCUGCACAAAAGCAUCUGUCAUUCAUUCUCUUGUGUCUCCCAGUUCACUGAGGCACAACGCGCGGGCCAAGCGAUCAAGCACGUCUUGGGGAGACCGCUGGAUUCACACACCGCAACAACAGCAGCAGCAACAACAUCCAAUGCGUCCCCAUCAACAUGCCUGCGGCGAACGGCUGACGACUUCUUUACCGAUGAAGUGCCUUCGAUGAAGAGUGCUCGACUCACGUCACGAGCAGCACUGACAAUGACCUAUGGCGAGUCUCAAUGUGCGAGAGGUAUACUCACAUGCCCCCCCCACACGCUUAUUGACCCCUCCUUUCUGUUGUUCAUCCAGCCGUAGUCCGCAAAUGACAGCCGGAGUCUUGUUUGGUGGUAUCGGGGGAUGAGAGGGUGGGAGAAGGUAGAUGCAAGCACGUGGGAGACGGCUUGCAUCUACGUGCUUGCAGACGCCCGAAGAUUCGCUUUCCAUGUCCUUUCAGCUCUCUUGUUGGCGCGUUCUUCCUGACGCCGCUUGCUUCUGGCUGAGGAUAUCACAGCCCGCCAGCCUUGUCUGGAUUUGCUUCCUUGAAUCCGCUCUGCUUGCGUGGACACAGCUUAGUUGCUAGUUUGUAUGUGUCCUACAUUUGUCACAUGAUGACGACACUGCAUAUAUCAUACAGAGAAAGCAUACACACAAGAAUAGCCUUCCUUAUUUCUGGAAGGCUGCAUUGCGGGCCUCCUCUGCCUGCACGUUGGUCAGUCGUCAGGCCUGAUGAAUAUACGCCAUGACAUACCGGUGACCGCCUCUUCCCUCACGAGUUCUCUGUCCGCUCUGGACUUAGGCUCCGGACUGGUGUGUACAAU